ACCGACUGAAACAUUUCAGCUGACCCCACGCACGACCCCAUCCCCGCCUUCAAUCGGCGUGUCUAGUUGACGUCAUUGUUAUUGAGGCAGUGUAGCUCUGCCCAUCGCGAGGACAACAUUUUCCAUCACAGAUCUGAUUCCUACUACAGAACCAGGACUGUUUAAGGACUGCUGUACCUGUGCGUCUAUCAGCUCGCAUGGUGCUGCGAGCAAAUGCGCUUACGACGAAGUGACUGACUGCCUGCUUAAACCUGUUUCGAGGAAAGCCUGUGGAUGGUCCUAUCCACUGGGGUUCAACGCGCUAACAUGUCAAGGUACCAGAGGACCCCCUUGAAAAACACUGACAAUGUGGUCGAGGUCAAGAGCAAAUUUGAGGCGGAGUACAGACGUUUCGCUUUGAAGAUGAGCGGCACCUGUGGCUUUCAGGAGUUCUACCGGCUGCUGCAGACCGUUCACCACAUCCCCGGUGUGGAGGUGCUGCUGGGAUAUGCUGACAUCCAGGGUGACCUGCUGCCAAUCAACAAUGAUGACAACUUCUACAAAGCCCUCUCCUCAGCCAACCCACUGCUCAGGAUCAUCAUCCAGAAGAGAGAUGUGGAUGAGCCUGUGGUCUUUGCCACCAACUCCCUGCAGAGGAGGAAAAAGGGUCUGGCAGGGUUGCGCCCGGCGCAGCAGAAGGCCAAACCAGGCCUGAUGAUUGGCCUUCCCCAGGAUUUCCGCCAGAUCUCCUCCAUCAUCGAUGUCGACAUCCUGCCCGAGACACACCGGCGUGUCCGCCUGCACAAGCACGGUACCCACAAGCCCCUGGGUUUCUAUAUUCGGGACGGCGUGAGCAUGCGGGUCACGCCUCAGGGCGUGGAGAAGGUGCCUGGUGUCUUCAUCUCGCGGCUGGUGCGUGGAGGCCUGGCUGAGAGCACAGGCCUGCUGGGGGUCAACGAUGAGAUCCUGGAGGUCAACGGCAUUGAUGUGGCCGGCAAGUCUUUGGACCAGGUGACAGACAUGAUGGUGGCCAACAGCCACAACCUGAUCGUGACGGUGAAGCCAGCCAACCAGCGCAACAACGUGGUGCCCCGGGCAAGCAGGGUCUCGGCAGGGGGCAACAGCUCCUCUGGAUCCAUAGGCUCCGCAUUCUCCCAUGACUCAGCCCCCAGCACUGCCUCUCAGAGUGUCAGUCACCAUAGCAACAGUAACAGCGUGGCGGAGGGCGACAGCGACGAGGACGGAGACGGAGACCUUAUCAUUGAGACUGACAGCCUGCCACCUUACCUGCCCCAUCGCUGUGUGUCCAAUGGUAACGGCAGCCACAGAGAGUCUCCAUUGUCCUCGUCACUGGGGCAACGGCCCCUCCCCCAGAGCAUGUCCCUGCCCAGCAGCGGCUCUCUUUCAGACAGCAAGGCCUCCCUGAGCUCCAUGACCACCCCUACACACAACGGCAGCCCCACCAAGACCAGCAGCAGCCAGGAGAGCAUGAGAGAGGAUGGGAACAUCAUCACACUGUAAAACCCGGACAUUAAUAACAGAAGACAAAACAUCACAAUUGGAGAAAAUCAACACACAAACGUUAUCUGAACAUAAAACAACAAUUUGAAUUGUUACCUCAUAACAGAAAACAACUCAUAACAAUGAUAAAGGCAAUGAUGAUGGCUUUAACUUAAAAGUAUCUGAUGUGUAUUCCAUGCAACUAAACACUGUGGAACCAGCAGUCGUCAUGUAAUGAACUCAGUGGUCAGUGUAGUGUGAAUCCUGAUGCCUACUUACUACAAAACAAAUGAUGAUCGCUGUCACCACCACCAUAAUGGAAGUGCCUUACGGCUUUCCGCACAACUCGCCUUAUUUUUAUCACUUUUAUUUUACUUUCAAACAAGACCACCUCUCACUUCGAUUCUAAACAGUGCCGUUGGGUGUCAGUGCAAAGGUAAAGAUUGGCAGAAGGAGAAGCAGACAGAAUGUGAAAUGUUAUGUCUGUCUGUCUGUGUGCAACAGCCCUUUUCUCUUGCUCAUCCUGCAUUCUGCAAUACUUCCUCAGCAUGUCCAAACAGUGUGUUCUCUUCCGUGUCUGUGACAAUCAUUGCUGAUUGUGCUGCUGGUUGUUCGGCUGCUGAGCUGACAAUAGCUUUUAUCAGAGAGGAAUAGGCGACGCAAGGUUUUACAAAAUCUGUCCAUGAAAAUAAGCCCACAAAGUGAGGAAUUUUUGUAUGAAGGUGCAUGAGUGUUGAAUUUUGUCAUCAGAAAAUGCAAUUGCUAAUUUGCUAGGUGAGGCUUAUUUUAUCGAAUAGAAAUUUCGUAAUGGUUAGGUUGUUACGAAUGCACUGAUAUGAGUGGACACACGUAGCGUUUCGGCAACUUACCCAAAAACAACUUUAUAUCAGAGAAGUGCCUGUUGUCAUAGAGAUAGAGGACUCAUCAUGGAUAUAACCCGUUUUACCAUGGACAUUGCCAUUGAGGGCUUCCACCAUUUUAAAGUAGUCAAUUGGGUUGGGAUUUUUAUGAGUUGGAGGCAAUAAGCCAAUGAAGAAAACUGACUACUUUAAAUAGCCUAUGGUGGCACAAAUACAAGUAAGUGUCCUCUAUCUAUCUCUAUGGUCUGUUGUUCACACGCGUCUGCCCGCUUAUUGGCUAGAAUGGUCCCACCUGAUCUUGCCUCCCAUCUUUGAGGACAUGUAUUUCCAUUGUUAGUGCUCACUCAAAUAUCUUGUCAAUAUAAUAGACAGUCUUUGCUUUUAUUCCUCUGAUUAGAAGUCAUUGUGAAUUGGAUUCACAUACAGCACAUCUCGAAACAUACCGGUCUUCCUCUGCUCAUCCCCAGGAGGAAUGUCAUGGUAUUACUGUACACACAACACAACAAAGUCAAGUGAGGCUUUUACAAUGUGUGCUUUGAUCCCUGGGUCCCUUCUGAACAUCCCUACUUCAAUUCAAUACACAAAGUUAUGGCAUAUCAUACUCUUUUCAAGGAAAAUAUGUAAUGCGGCUGUUAAUCAUCAUGGUGUUAGUAUAGGAAAUAGGAGGGAAAUAUGGUCCCCUGUGUCCCGAUGUAGAGGUAAAAUCAUAUUUAUUUGACUUUCAGAUAGUGACAAAGUUUACACACUGACAAGGGGUUGCAUUAUAGCAGUAUAUCCAACCAAUUGAAUCUGACUCAGAACCAUCUUCAAGAGAAUACCACUGUCUUUUAUUUACUUUACAGCCACCAAACACUUGCCUAAUCUAAAACAUAGUCAGGUGAUCUGGCUUUGUAUUCCUCUCUCAUAGUAUCUGCUUCAGUGAAGUCAGGGGUUGCUUGGAGUUAUAGAGGUCCCAGGAUGAAACAUUAGAUCCUGGAGAAUUUCCCUGGCAGACUUGCUAUCUUGCUUUUAGAGAAACCAAUUCCAUUUCCUUCAGGACAAGGUUUCUCUCCCCUGAAAAUUUGACAGAGGGGGAACACAACAGAAAUAACAUGGAGUGCUGUUGCUCCAGAAGGUCACGGCCUCUUAUAGACCCAGUUCUCUUCAGGCCCACUUGUGACUGCCGUGUUUUUGUGUAAAAUAAGGAAAUUCCUUUCAUGUUUGAAAAGCCUAGAGCUCUGCACAUUGGGACCUUGUUCAUACAAUUAACUCCCUUCUUGAUAUCUAAACCAGAGGAGCAUGGGGAGGGAAGGAGGAGAGAGUUCCUCUUACUUUUGAGGCUUUGGGGAUCAUCUUGCAGGGAGAGCUGUGAGGCAGACGGUCUAAAAUCUACAAGCUUGGCCUCCCGAGUGUUGCAGCAGUCUAAAGCACUGCUUCACAGUGCUUGAGGCAUCACUACAGACCUGGGUUCGAUCCCAGUCUGUGUCACAACCUGCCAUGACCGGGAGUCCCAUAGGGCGGUGCACAAUUGGCCCAGCGUCGCCCGGGUUAGGGGAGGCUUUGGCUGGGGGGGCUGUACUUGGUUCACCGCGCUUUAGCGACUCCUUGUGGCAGGCCGACUUCGAACAUCAGUUGAACGGUGUUUCCUGCAGCUGGCUUCCGGGUGUUAAGAAGGUCAUGUUUCAGAGGACGCAUGACUCUACUUUCGCCUCUCCCGAGUGAGUUGCAGCGAUGAGACAAGAUCGGAAUUGAAAUUGGGAGAAAAAGGGGGUUUAAAAAAAACUCCAAGCUUAUGGUUGUUGGUUCUGACCCUCACUACUCCUGAACACAAGGGCCCCCUGACCCUCUGUUAGUACUGGAGUGAAGGAAAACUUUGACUGCCCUCACAGCUAGCAAUGCCCACGACCUCCAGGCUAGUUGAUGGGCUGUGUCUGUUUCUGGCUGUGUCUUAAUGUCUGGAGUGAAUCACAGAGACAGCAGGAGCAUCAGAUGACCUACCACACCAGAAGGACAAUAUUGUGUUUUACAUGGACAUGAUGUAGCUGUAGGUCAGCACUCAAUCUGGAACCAACUGGAAUAUCACUGGAAUAACACGAGUUCAUUAACUCCCCAUCUUAAUGUUGACUUAGAUUAUUGAAUUGACCAAUAAGACACAACAAAACCAGCAGAGCUGGUUAUUGUUUUACUAGAGCUGCAGUUGUGUGGGUCACUGGCACUGCUGCACCAGGUGGCAGCCAGGUAGCAUGGUACAUUAAUUAACCUGAGAAUGAAGAUGUUCACUUUGAUAAGAGGGGAGGGGCAAUUAUCUAUUGAAAGAGGCCAUCAUAAGAUGCAUUUUUAAAAAUGGUUAUCUUUAUAGUCCAAGAAACACAAGUACAUAGUCCUUGGACAUCCUUGUAGAAAAUACAAGAGAAUCACCUUCACAGACACAGUAUGGUCUUUUAAUCUAUUUACAGAAAUCUGCACUCAUCUAUAACAGAAAAGCUACCACGUACUAUACUGAAUAAUAUUUUCAUGUAUGUAAUUGUAUAUGUAUAGAUACAAAUGAAAAAUUAUAUAAACAAGGGAUUUUUUUUUAUUCACUGGGAGAUUUUGUUGGAAAAUAACAUUUUAUAAAUGUGUAAAAUAUGGAGUAUUUUUCUUAUUCUUGUACGUUUAUUUGUAUAUGAGAAUCCUGGAGAGGACAUUUCUAUUUCUUUGAGUACCGGGAACCAAACGGAGGAACAAAGUGUUUAUAUAAAUCUGAUGGGUCAGGGUGUACAAUACUGUGAAUGUCAUAUAGAGAUAUGCUGUUUGUGAAAUUACAUAUUAUAAUAAAAUAUUAUUUUAAAAAAAA